CCACGUGGGUCGGAUUAUUCACCCUCCACUACACAAACAACAACGACCACGAGCCAUGUGUGCGAGAUCACUUUAUCGCCAAAAUCUGUGUUGUUGAAGAGGGUCGGUCAAUGAAAGUUCUCUGCAAUCGCCGCCGUUAAAUCCGCAAUCAUGAAAGUGAAAGUGAUAUCUCGCAACCCCGACGAAUACCUGCGUGAAACUAAACGCGACAUCCAUAAAGUGCAAAGAAAUUAUGACCCCGCUCUCCACCCUCUGGAGGCUCCUCGGGAGUAUGCCCGGGCCAUGAACUCAGUCAAGCUGGAGAGGAUCUUUGCGAAGCCUUUCCUUGGAAAUCUCGACGGUCACAGGGAUGGUGUGUCAUGUCUUGCAAAGCAUCCUGAAACUCUUUCGUUUCUGGCAAGUGGUGCCUACGAUGGAGAGAUAAAAUUCUGGGAUCUGCCUCAACGUAUUUGUAAACGAUCAUUCCAAGCUCAUGAUGGAUGUGUCCGUGGUUUAACAUUCACACCAGAUGGUAAAAAUAUGUUGUCGAUGGGAGAUGACAAAACAAUCAAAACAUGGAGCAUGGAGAAUGAGCAAGAAGAUCCCACCAAUACUAUUUUGAGCAAGACUGUCCUAUUAUCUCUUUCACAUCAAAGAAGCCAAAAUCAAUUUGUGACUUGUGGUGAAGUUUGUCAGCUGUGGGAGCACGGGCGUAAUGAACCUAUUCGCUCAUACCAGUGGGGUGUCGAUAGUCUUCACCAUGUAUCAUUUAAUCAAGUUGAAACUAAUUUAUUGGCUGCUUGUGCUAGUGACAGAAGUGUUAUUCUGUAUGACACAAGAGACUCUGGGCCAGUACGCAAAGUUGUUAUGAAACUUAAGGCAAAUAGUGUUUGUUGGAAUCCUAUGGAAGCUUUCAACUUUACCGUUGCAAAUGAAGAUUUUAACCUUUACACAUUUGAUGUACGUCAGAUGAGGGUACCGGCAAAUGUUCACAUGGAUCAUGUUGGUGCUGUAGUUUCUGUGGACUAUUCACCUACUGGAAAAGAAUUUGUCAGUGGUAGUUAUGACAGAACAGUUAGAAUUUAUGAAGCUCAUAAGGGUCAUUCCCGUGAAGUGUACCAUACAAAGCGUAUGCAGAAAUUAUCAGUUGUUUCAUGGUCUUUAGAUAAUAAAUACAUUAUGAGUGGAUCUGAUGAAAUGAACAUAAGAGUUUGGAAAGCACGGGCAGCUGAGAAAUUAGGAGCGCUGAAACCAAGAGAAAAGGCUGCUCUUAACUAUCAUCAAGCUCUACGGACCAAAUUUGCUCAGCACCCGCAAAUUAAAAGGAUUGCCCGCCAUCGGCAUGUACCCAAACACAUUUACAAUGCCCAGAAAGAACAACACGCUAUGCGAGACAAAGCAAAGAGAAAAGAGGGCAAUGUGCGGAAACACUCCAAGAAAGGUGCCGUGCCUUUUGUUCCAGAGAGGAAAAAGCACGUCAUCAGGGAGCACGAGUAAUCUACUCCUGCUUCUGUAUUGUCCAGGUGUCCCUCCAUCCCUCUUAGAUAUUGUGACUGUUUAUUCUAAGCAACCCCCAACGUGGUCAGCAUUCUAUUUUACUUCUCAAUGAAGUCGUGCAGAAUAAAUUUCAACUCUUGCUCCUA